AGAGAAUGAAGGCAACACUGCAAAACCCCUGCCUUUAACUAGCUGCGUGGACACACACAAUAACCCAUUCUGACAUGCAGACAUACACACUGUGACGCAGACACGCAGCAGGACGUUACGUACACAUGGGGACACACCCGUCUACAGUCCAGUAAGGAAAAUAAAAGAAUGAGAAGUGUGAGCUGAGGGCUGAAGUUAUUCUCCACCAAUCUGGAACAGAGCUCCAUUACAGAGACACACUGCAGCAGACAUUUCGGAUCCAUAACCAGCUUCAAGACUUCUAAAGGAUGAAGAACCUUAGACUUCUCCUCCUCUCUCUCUCCAUCUGCCUGUUGCUGGGCAACCUGGGGGUGAGUGGCUACAGUAAUGUCGAACCCUGCCAACGGUCCCGAUGCAAUAACUGCCAUGAAAAGUUCCUAUACCGGCAUGUGCGUCCAAAUACCCCGUUAACGACGGACCGCAACGCGUGGGAGAAGUAUCUACGUGAACAAAAUAACUGCUCAAGACCCACGCAGUCCUUCCUCCAUCCCAAAGACCGGGAGAGGGUGGACGCGGUCUGCUCCAGCUCUGGGGGAAAGACGUACCAGGGGAACCUGUGCAUCAGCCAACGCCCGUUCACAUUUCUAACAGUGAGGAGCGAGACUGGGACCUGCGGCGUGUCCAGCGUGCGGGAAGAGACCAAGCAUUUGAUCCUGGCAUGUGAGGUGCUGGAGAACAGGUGUGUGCCGGUCCACUUCGAGGGGAACCGCGAGGGGAGCAAGCCCGACAAUAACGCUGCAGGAUGUGGCAGCACGGAGAAAGGGAAGGGCUCAAGCUUCAAAGUAUCAGGAAUGUGGCUGGCAUCUUUAUUGAUACUCAUGUUUCUCUCACAACUCCUUUUUCUGAACAGUUAAUGGGGGGGCAGAUAGUCAAACAAUAUAUCAAAAGGAAGUUUUUUUAAAGUGUCUGUCCUACACUCUAAAAAGAAAAGGUUCCUGGAGUAUCCUUUAGGGGUUCUUCAAAUUUAAAGUGUGGGUGAACCGCUAUGAGUUCUUCACAGAACCCCUUUUAAUGGAUCCUCAGAGUACCUUUUGAACAACCUUUUGGGGUUCCUUUUUGAACUACCCCUCUCCCCUAUUAUUAAUAAUAGUAAUACGCUUAACAAAAACAACAAUAACACAAUAUUUUAUUGUUCUCAGUGUUUAUUAUGAUUUUAGUGGCAAAACAGAAUAAAAAAAUCCAAAUAUGAGGUAAACUCCCAGCAGAGCCCCAUGUCCAGUGGAAGUCCAAUGGAAGUAUAUCCUCUGGCGUGUUGAUGUUAUUGUGUUGAUGUUCUCCGUAUCCAUAGCCAGAAUGAGGCGUAUUUCUGUCUGUAAUAAUGCCCUUUUGUGUGGGAAAACUCAUUCUGAUUGGCUGGGCCUGGCUCCCCAGUAGGUUGGCCUAUGCUCUCCCUGGCCCACCCAUGUUUGCGUCCCUGCCCAUUCAUGUGAAAUCCAUAGAUUAGGGCCUAAUUUAUUUAUUUCAAUUGACAGAUCUCAGCAAAAUCUUUGAAAUCGUUGCAUGUUGCGUUUAUAUUUUUGUUCAGUAUACUUCCAUAUAUACUUCCAUUCAUUGGUGUGUAGCCCAAACUGUUCUGAAGCUACAGACAGAAGUUGGCAGAUCGGUGGUACCGACUUGUGCGGGUCGUAAAAAACUGAGAACACCAUCAUGUUGGUCAUCUUUCCAUAGAGGGGUCAUAUUAGUUUGUUGGCCAAACCGUUCGGACGCUACAGACGUUUUUGUGAGAAGAACGAUUUUCGCCAUGUCUCAUGGUCUGACAAACAGUAGCUUGGUCACCUUCCACCGCAGAUGCGGAAGGACGCCAUUGGCGGAUGUGGUGAAUUGAGACGCAGCCCAUCCAAAAAGCUACAUAUCUCUAGCUCAAAGCUACAAUAUGUAACUUUUUGGGCAACCCGACCAAAUUCACAUAGAAAUAUGAGUUAUAGAUCUUUCAUGAAAGAAAGUCUAAGAAGCGGUAGAUCUGUUCUAUGUGUGCUAUUUGUGCGUCUUUUACUUUCAGAUUUGUACACAAGCAAUAUUUUUGGUUAUGUAAAAAUAUUUCACAGCAGUUUAGGUGGUACUAUGAUUCUCUACACAAUGACUGCUUGUUUUGUCAUUAAAGGAAAUUAGGUGAACUAUUACAAUUUUAUCAACCAGGAAAUGGAGGAGUGAUUCCUUAAUAGUACAUCUUUAAAACAGACGGAUUUUGAUGGGGAUUUUUGUAUUAUGCAAAUUAUUUUUCAGCGGGGGGGGGGCGGACAUCGACUCUAGGGGGUGUAGACUGCCAUGUAUUCAGGUCUGGCCCUGGGCUAUAACGUUUCACUCACAACAUUUAAAAGACUGCCAUGUAUUCAGGUCUGGCCCUGGGCUAUAAUGUUUCACUAACAACAUUUAAAAGACUGCCAUCUAUUCAGGUCUGACCCUGGGUCUGACCCUGGGCUAUGAUAGCGUGGGUACCUUGUACUCUGUGUCAUAUGCCAAAGAUGUUUAGCAUAAAAAGAGUGGCAAGGAGGGGAAUGAUAGCUAAACAGACUGGUACCCGUACCAGACUAGGGCUAUGACGUUUCACACACAACAGUUAAAAGACUGCCAUGUUUUGUUCUCUCACAACAUCUAUUCUGAACAGUUGAAAGACUGGGCAUUUGUUUUGUCAUAUGUAUGUUAUGGACGGUGUUGCCCGUUCCUGUGUGCCAGUCAGGGAUCUGUCUAUGGCUGUGGGCCCCAGCCUAAUGUUGGCGUCAGCAUUUCAUUACUUUGUACUUCAUUUGAAAAAGUGUAUUGUACCAUGCUGAAUAUAUGCACUAUCAAUAAAGGUUGAUUUUGGUA